AUGAAGGAAGAGGAUACAGUCGGAAAUGAAGAUGGAGAGGGAGUAGUUGAAGAAGAAGGAGAGGAAGGAGGAGGAGGAGGCCCUGGUAGAAGGCUGAAACCUUUAUUCCCUGGAGCAAAUGAAAUGGAUCAAAUAAAUAAAAUACACAAUGUUUUGGGAACACCUAAUGCUCGUCUUAUAUCAAAGUUUCGGCGACAACCAGGCACUGGUAUAAGUGCAUUAUUACCUAAUGUAAGUGAUGGAGGAAAAGAUAUUCUGAAGCAAAUGCUAGUGUAUGAUCCAGAAACAAGGCCUAAUGUUCGAAGACUGUUGGAGCAUCGAUAUUUUAAUGACCUCAGAGAGCAAGAAUCAAUGACCCAAAGACAUUCAUGGUCAGUUACUCAAACACCCACAUCACAAAGCAAUCCUGAGUGGCAAAAUCAAGCACUAAUUAAUGUAGCCAGCAACGAGAAACGAAGAAAAUCAAAGCGCACUGCAACAACUCAGCGAUCAACAGACAAUCAGAAAGUGGCAAGAGUAGUAUCAAGUCCCAAUCAACGGUCUGAAAAUAUAGAGCAAAUAACCAUUGCACAAGCCUCAAACCCCAAGUUAACUCAGCAUAAGAAAGAAGAUAUUUCACAUCAACGAAUUCAAGGGCAACAGCCUGCUCCUCCUCAACCUUAUCAUUCACAGUCCACAAAAUAUCAAGUUGAGAAGACCUGGACUGCUGCCAUUAGCAGCAAUACUUUGGCAUCUAAAUCCAGUUUCAAUACUACUUAUAGUGGAAGUAAGAAGAUCAAUGCAAUGGCUGAUGCUCAUUCAAGUAAAAAUCAGUUUCAUCUCCCCAAAAUUCCUGUACGCCAUGGUUCUCAGAAGACUCUUCCAGCUCGGCGAGGACCUGGCACAAUUACAUCACUGCCAACCCUUGAAGCAAGUGUGGGGGGCACAAGAACUUCUUUAGGAAGUUUUCUUCGCUUACCUCCAAUUGUGGUGAAGAAGACUGCAGCCACUUUAACAACAGCUAGUAAAUCUAUGAGUGAUACUGGUGGUGGUGGCGGUGUUGGUGGUGGAGGAGGCGCCGGAGGCGGCGGCGGCGGUGGAGGAGGAGUUGGUGGCGGUGGUGGUGGUAGUGGCACA